CAUGUAUAAUAAUCACUCAAAUACCACCACUAAACAGCAGGUUUCUAAUAAGAAUAAUUGUAAAAAAACUUUAUCUACUUUAUUAGGUCCUUUUAAUAGAGAAAUAAAAGGUCAAUGUUAUACCAUUUGUUGGUCAUCAUCUUCCAUACCAAUAAAGUCAUCACCUCAUCUCACUUAUCGAUUUAUGACUGUUAAAAGACAAUAAUAAUAGCCUGUUUACCAUUUAACUCAUGUAUUCAUUUCUUUUAUUUAUAUUUAAACAAAUCAUUUUUUAUGCUUGAAGAAAGAAAAAAAAAAUUUUUUUUUCACCUUGCCUGCCUCUUUCCUGGUGUAGUCUUACAUUUAUCGUCGUAUAUAAUCUAUGAAUUCUUUUUGUCCUCUUAUCUUUUCUUUGUAUUCUUCCCUGUUUUCAGUCUUUUGGCUUCAUUGUACUUUUUUCCUCCAUUAAAUAAGAUGUUGGUCAUCUCUUUAUUCGACCUUUGUCUGCCUUGAUAAUCAUUGAAACGAAAGGGGUUGUAGACCUUUCAUUGUAGAACCUGAAGAUUUGGGGGACCCAUGUUUGAGGGCAUAUACAAUCUAUAAAUGCUCCAUUUUUCAAUGUCUACGGUUUUUUUUUUGUUGAAGGGAAAUCUGUCUCGAUGCUUUUAAUUAAAGUUUUUCUACAUGAUAAGCCCUUCUCCUCUUGGAGCAUGUAUAACAAUGUGUUGCUCUUUAAUCUUGCAUCUUAUUUCUUGUUGAUCUUCCUCAUGGCGUAACUGUCGCUGUAAACAUAUGAUCUCUGCCUGGGUCAACAGCACAAGAAAGCAAAGACCAACAACUCUUAUAGCAUCUUAGGUAUUAUUUACAGGCAAAAGAUUUGGCUUGU